AUUCUCCGGACACUACUAAGAUCUGGACGGUGGUCACCAGCCAUAACAACACGCUGGCUAGGAUGGAGGUGGAGAUGAAGGUUCUGGCAGACUAUCUGGAAGGACAGAGCCGAGAGUCCCGUCCGCCGGCGUCCGGGUCCGACACGUCCGGCUUCACCAUGCUGUCCCGCUCGGUGGCGCAGGUGGAGCUGGACCUGCGCAGUCAGGAGGAGACGCUGCAGUACCUGGGGGCGGACAUCACCAGACUCCGCCUGGACCUGGACAAGGUCAACACAACGGCCUGGAGCAGGAAGAUGUCAACAGGAAGUAACGCAGGUGUCACCGGAAGUGAGGACAUCUGGGAAGCCCUUGCCGCCAUCGAGGACAAGAACGAGCAGCAGGAGGACAUCAUCCAGUCUCACACGUCAGACAUCUCCAGCCUGCUGGCGACCAGUCGGGACCUCAGCAGCCGGCUCAGCGGUCUGUCGUCUACCGGCGGGCCUGAGGGCGUCCCGGCGGGCGAACUGGCAGGAAUCGUCGCUGACCUCAACGACCUGAAGGAGAAGUACACCAACAUGACAUCGACGGUGCGCUUCGUGCAGCAGCUGAGUAACAAGGCGGGCAUCGCGGCCACGGAGUGGAACAAGAAGCGGGCGUUCUUCGAGCGGCUGUUGGACUCACACACCAGCGCUAUUCUCCAGUUGAUGGACAAGACCAACGCCAUAGACGCCCAGAUGUCUCUCCACCUCUCCGAGAACAAGAUGCAGUCGUCUUCAGGGGGGCGGUCCGGGGGGAGAUCGGGAGAGCGGUCAGGGGGGAGGUCUGCCGGCCGGAGAAGGAAACAACAGGGGGGUGAAGAGAGGGGGUGACCCAAACAACGUAUUGUAACGUAGGUACAUCGUAAAGUACGUAUUAGAGGGAGCGUUGAUAUAGAAUUGCAGUCAAAAUUUAGUAUGGGUCAUAGUGACGAACACUAGUUAGUGUUUCAACUUACAAGUGUAUCAUUCGCAACACUAAUAGAUGGAAUGGAUGAAUAAGGAUUGGGGAUUCCAAUAUGUAAUUGUUCUGCAGUCAAAAUUCAGUAAGAGUCAUAGUGACGAAUACUGGUUAGUGUUUUAACUUACAAGCGUAUACAUUAAUUCGCAACACUAACAGGGAUGGAUGAAUAAGGAUUGGGGAUUCCAAUAUGUAAUUGUACUGCAGUCAAAAUUCAGUAUGGGUCAGUGACGAAUACUGGUUAGUGUUUUAACUUACAAACGUAACAUUAAUUCGCAACACUAACAGGAAUGGAUGAAUAAGGAUUGGGAAUUACAAUAUAUUUUAAAAUCUCGCUGCCCUCUGAUCUUUCUAUUUCCUUCUACAAAAUUUGUAGAAGGGAGAAGAGAGCUAGUGCGUAAGUAGCAUUCAGUAACGUUUUAAAAAGUGAUAAGAGAUAGUCAAAAGCUAGGUUGUUUUGUUUAGAAAUGAAUAGUCUUAAUGCUUGUAUAAGUUGCUGCUUAAUGAUGAAAGGGUAACAUUUGUAAUGGUCGUAUUUUUGGUUGGAUAGUUUUAUAAUUACAAUUGUGGCAUCAGCAAUUAUUCAAUUAAUUUUUAUUGCUAAAUCUAUAAUUAUGUUAACCAAAUGACGAUAUUUACCUUUACUUUCUAAAAUAUUUUAUAUAAAGAAAUAAGAUUGUUGAUUGUGAAGUCUAAUGUGGAAUUGAUAAUAGAAGAUUCUAUUGAUGUGGAAAAUUUCAGGCCAGGUGAACAUCACGUAACCGUUAGUAAGAAUUUUGUAUUUACGAAUAAGGCCACAGCAAGUAAUUUUUAUGGAUGACAUCAGCGCGCGCAUUAAUUUUUGCCUGACUUUGGAAAAAAAACACAAGA